AUGGCUGCACGGAACCCCGGCCCGAAGCUGAACCCGGUGCCUCUGGGCUUUCCUUCUUUCAACAACAGAGUCCACCGGGACAAGCUGAGCAGAAUUGCUUUUGCUGCUCACGAAAUAAACGCGAGGGUUUACAAAAACGUCGGCGCCUCCAGAAUCCGCCUCCGCUGCAUGGUGGGCGGCUACGGCCGAGGCGUCUUCGUCUUCACCCGGCUAGCCAAAAUGGGCAUGCAGCAGCUAGCUAGAGAAGGUUGGCUAAAGAAAUAUGGAUAUAAGCCUUAUCUAUUCAGAUAG